GAAUAGUUGUGUUCGCGGUUCGCAAAUAAUCGAGUUUCAAUGUUUUAUGUCUUAUUGCCCUAGUGCAGAUAAUAAAAGUGUAUGUUAUAAGUUUCAACGUACAUUUUAAGAGUUAAAAAAUACAGUAUUUUUGAACCAGAGAAGAAGAAUGGCUUUUAGAGGAAAAUCCAUUGACAAGGAUUAUAUCCUGAUUCACGACUACAGUUGUUGUAAGUGUGAGGAAAAUGACCUGAGCGCUGAAGCCCAGCACUUCUGUCCCCAGUGUGAACAUUAUCUGUGUGAUAGGUGUGUAAGGAUGCAUAGGGACUAUUUCAAAAAGCAUAUUGUGUAUGGGCGUGGAGAAAUUCAGAAAUGGGUUAGGUUCUCUAUCGACAGAUGUGAACAACAUGGCAAAGAGCUAGAGGUCCACUGUGAUGAUCACCAGGAACUUUGCUGCUGUCUCUGUGUGGCCCUCAAUCAUAGACUGUGUAGCAGUAUCAGUCACCUGCCUGACCUGGCCAGAGGCUUCCUGAAAACAGCAAAAUUCAGACAAAUACCGGAAGCAAUGGACGAGAUCAGCAGGAGAUUGGACGAGCUUAAGAAUACCAGGGUGAAAGACCAAGCCUCAGUUAAUGACACUUACAAUAACUUCAUGGCUCAAAUCAAGGCUCUCCGUAAAGAAAUAAAUAAGAUAUUAGACAAGCUUGAGAAUGAUACAGUGAAACACUUCGAAAGCAUUAUUAAGGAUUUGAAGAAGGAUGUGAAAGAUGAUCUGGAAAAUUGUGACCGUAUGAAUGACCAACUUGAGACCAUGUUUGACAUGCUCCAGCAGAUUACUGACAAACACAAGGAGACAAGUACUUACAUUUCAUUCAAAAAAUGUCAGACCAAGUUGAGUGAAGCCUACAGUCUUGUGCAAGAAAUACAGAAAAGGCCAAAUGUAAGAAUCGGGUUCAAAUUAGAUAAAACAGUUUUACCAUUUCUAAGAAAGCUAAAAAACCUUGGCAAUGUUCGUUCCAUGCCAAAAGAAACCUAUAGCAUGCAUGUGUACAAGGCUCAGAGUUCAGCUAAAUAUAAUGUUAAAAUAAAGGAGGAUCUGAAUGAAUGCCAUAUUGUAGGUAUAUGCGAGUUACCAAGUGAGGACUUUGUUAUUGCUGACUGUUACAACUUCAGAGUGAAGCUGCUGAACGUAAGUUAUCAGGUCAUUGAUCAUUGUAAUCUUCCUGCCUGCCCAAGAGACUUGUGUCACAUUGCAGAGCAAGAAAUAGCUGUAGUUGUUAAUGCCGAUUGUAAAUUACAUGAGGUCCACUUCUUCACAGUGUCCAGAGGGAAGCUACAGGCAGUGAGACAGUUUAAAACGGGCCAUGAAUGCUUCUCAAUUGCCCACCAUCAGGGCCAGCUAUAUGUUGGUUCCGACAAUGCCCUGUUCCUGUACGCAAUGAAUGGACAGCUAAAGAAAAGUGUAUAUGAACUCAUUUCUGGUGUUCACACAUGUGCUGUAAGUCCUGAUAGGGAGAGAAUUUAUAUUACAAAUACUUCUGCUUCUAAACUGAUGAUACUUGACAAACAUAGUCAAGUUUUAUCCGCAUUAGAACAUACAAAUCUAGUAGAGCCAACUGGACUAUGUGUCAGCAACAGCGGCCAUGUUUUUGUUUGUGGGUCUAUGUUCAACAGUGUUUUACAGGUUGACAUGGAGGGCAGACAAAAGCUGACCACAGUGGUCAGUGGGGAGGCUAGUGGCUUGUAUUACCCUCAGUCAGUGUGGUUCAGUGAACAAACGGGCAGUCUGAUUGUUGGGAAUAAUGAAGAAAACAGUAUACUGGUUGUGAAGCUGUGUUGAAUUGUGGAUCAGACUCUAGUAUUUCCAAAGAAAGAAAAGUGUAAAAAGGAUAAAAAAAAACCACAUGUAGUCGUCUUAGAAAUAUAUAUGAAUAAUACAUUUAAAUGAAGCAGAAACAUCCCAUGGACAAAACCUCCCAUGUAUGUUUUGACUAGGUGGACCAAACCUCCCACAUCAUUUUGAAAGGGUAGACAAAACAUCCCAGAUCAUUUUGACACUCAAAGCCUGUUAUUUGUUAACAGUAACAAUCAUUUACUUUUAUAAAUUAUUAAUUUGUAAAAAAACACAUUUGUUCUGGUGAUAAAUGUGAGUCCAUACUGACAAACAUUUUUGGGAUCUAAAUGUCCAGGAUGGGAUGUUAUGUCUACCAUGUCUAAGUGAUCUAGGAUGUUUUGUCUGCCUUGUCAAAAUCUGCAUGUGGUAUAUUUUGUCCACCUUGUCAAAAUCUGCAUGUGGUAUAUUUUGUCCACCUUGUCAAAAUCUGCAUGUGGUAUAUUUUGUCCACCUUGUCAAAAUCUGCAUGUGGUAUAUUUUGUCCACCUUGUCAAAAUCUGCAUGUGGUAUAUUUUGUCCACCUUGUCAAAAUCUGCAUGUGGUAUAUUUUGUCCACCUUGUCAAAAUCUGCAUGUGGUAUAUUUUGUCCACCUUGUCAAAAUCUGCAUGUGGUAUAUUUUGUCCACCUUGUCAAAAUCUGCAUGUGGUAAAACCGUAUAUUUUAUCCACCUAGUCAAAAUGACGUGGUAUAUUUUGCCCACCUAGUCAAAAAUGACAUGGGACGUUUUGUCCAUGGAAUGUUUUUCCGGAUCCUAAUAAUUACAUACAGUUUAGACCUAACAAGAACUAUUAUGUGUAUUGUAAUAUGAAGGCUGGAUGCUCAAACUGUGUUGAAGAGCUCACAUGUACAUUUACAUUUAUAUGGAUCGCUUUCAGUGAUUUUUGGUGCAGAUUACUACUCUUUCCCUUUGCGAAAUUUUUUCAUUUCCCCCAUUUUUAUUUUUUAAAUAAAUUUGCAAUUUGUUAAAUGCAGAUUACAUUAAUGAAUAAAAAAGGGAUAAAUUUCUUGAAAUAUCAAAAAAAUCUUGACAUGACUAACUCUUUUACAGAAGUAUGUAUGCAUAAAAAAGUGAAAACAUAUAUAUUUUCCAAUAUAUUUGCUUUACAUUAGCUAUAGCCUCAUUUUGUAUUUUUUUCAAAAUCAAUUUUUUUCCCAAUUUGCAUGGCACAGGCGGUGAAAAUUUUUCCCCAAAAAAAUCACUGGCUUUUGUACUAAAAUACUACUCACAUGUUUAUAACUUUUCUCGGGAUAAAUUGCGUUAUCGUUGUAACCUAUGAUUCGAAUUUUGUUUAUUUAAAUGUUAAA